AUUUUGUAACAAAUCACCAUGUCUUCUUAGUCUUCCUCUUUUCUAAUCUCGACAAUCUUUUACAAAUAAUAUGCUUCAUACAGUUUCUUGUGUAGACUUUCUUCUUUUUGAUAUAAAUUUAUAUUCUUAUUUAAAAUUUAUGUCUACUGAGAAUUGGUAAUCACUUUAUUUGGUGUUUUGUUAACUAUCUUAUAUGCAUUGAUCGAAAAAAAUUUCUAAUACAUGAGUUACACAUGCCUUUCUUAUAAACUAAUGGAAUGAGAUGCUAUAUAUUCUAAGUCGUACGUACAUCCGAGUUUGUAUAUAUACACGUUUUAAGAGUUGUUUUAUAUAUUUUUAAAUAAAUAUCUAAAAAUCUGAAGCAACUAAUUCAGUAUAUAUAGGAAAUUAGAGCAAAUUAGCUCAAUAUACUGAAAAGAGUGGGAUACCAUUGAAUUGGGGGAAAAUUGUAAUGAUGGAGAAAAAAUUGAAAGGAAAUAAGGUAUGGAGUGCAAAUAGGGGGGAAGUUGUGUGUAGGGAGUACAAAUACUCAAAUUAGAAACUAUAUCAUUUUCUACAAUAUGUUAUUUUAUAACAAUACAUAAACUGAUUUUAAGCCACCCUAAACAACAACAUAGAUGUGUACAUUUACAUCAUUUUUAUAAAAUCGCAAAUACGAUAUUUAUAUUUCCUGAAUGUUAUGAUGGCUAUCGCCUCUAAUCAGGAGAAAUUUUUGAACUUCGAAAACUAGUUGCGUUAUAUUACGCAUUAGAAAAGUAUAAACUAUUGUCAACCAGAGUUCUAUAUCAUAUCACUGUUUCAUAGAAAUUCAAAUUAGAUUGGGAAAAAAUCAAUAAAUGUUUUUGUCUAUAUCUAUCACUAUCAUUCUAGACGGUACCUAUGAAUCACACAAUUUUAUUAGACGAAAUAAAACUAAAUCAGAUAGACAUUAAUCUUAUCUGCUAUGAAUUUUUUUUAGCUCAUGUAUAAGUAUGAUAUAUUAACCACACAAAUAAUAAAAUGCACGUGGUGGUUUUGAUUUAUUAGCAAUACAUAACAUAUUGGGGUCAAUUCCAAGUAAGAUUGUUAUUAACAAAACAUAUUGUCAGAUAUAUAUAUAUACUAGCCGGUGAUUGUUCUGUUCGAAGACUCGUAAAACAUAUAUAGAAUAGAAAGGAAAAAAGAAUAGAAGAAGAUCAUAAAAAAAUAUUAAAUUAUAACACAAAUUUACUUAUGAUAUAAUAUAUAGCCAAAUAAUUUCAACCGUAAGCUAAAUAAAGUAGUUUGGUUUACUCUUUUUUGUGUGAAGAAAUUUACUAAUUAACACAUUUGGGUUGAAGUUUGCUGACAAUAAUCGGUGAGUACAGAAGUUAACCAAUGAAUUCGGAGAUUGCAUGUUGUCCAGGAUAGAAACUAUAAAUAUUUACAAGUUAUAUGUUUCUAAAGUAUGUAAAUUUAAUAUGCGUUAGGGAUAAUAUAUAUAUAUAUGAUUAUUUUUGAUAUAGAAAAUGAUAUACGGAAACAGAUUUUCGAAUAUAGAAAGGAUGCUUUGGAUCAAUGGUGAUGUUGGUACUUGCAAUUCUGAUUCUAGAGUGGGAUUCGAAUGUAAACAAAAAUGUCGUUAUAUACAUUUUCUUUGUUAUGACAAUGAAAACAGAGAAGUAAAUAAAGUUUACGGAAUUUGCACUAGAUGUCAAAAUUAUAGAAGGUAAUUGGGUAUAUGGUAAAGAGACUGUGCAAUUUGUGGUAAUACAUAAAGUGUCCUUAUUACUCAACACGUUUACAGCUAAAUCAGAAUUUCCACCGUCCGAUAAUACAUUCAUCUCCCUCUUUCUUCUACUUGCUACCACCACAUUCUCAGAUCUCAGACAAAGAAAAAAAAACUCUUUCUACCCAAAAUGGUGGAAGCUCAAUCAUGGACGACGCGGCGGAUGAGCAAUCAGAGGUUCGACGCCGCCGUCACCACCACACCAACAGUCAUCGACAUCCCCGGAACACCUCCACACUCCUCCGCCUCCUUCAAUGGAAAACCCUUCUUCUUCUCCUCCCCUACGGUAUCUCCCUCCGUUCUCACGGCGGCGUCGCCGCCUGGUUCGGGUCCAACAUUGGAGUCCUUCUCCUGAACAAGUACCUCCUCUUCUACUACGGCUUCCGCUACCCGAUCUUCUUGACCAUGACGCACACGCUCUCCUGCGCCGCCUACAGCUCCGCCGUGAUCAACAUCGCCGGAAUCGUGCUCCAUCAGCACAUCCUCUCCCGCAGUCAGUUUUUGAAGAUUCUUGCACUCUCGGCGAUCUUCUGCCUCUCCGUCGUGUGCGGCAACACUUCGCUCCGUUACAUUCCUGUUUUUUUAAUCAAGUGAUCGGCCUAACCAUUUGUAAAAUAUCUUACAACUCUUCUCUCUUCAAUUAUUUAGAGUUAUAUCCGGUUGCAAUAUUUUAUAUCAUACUUUUAAAUGAAUGUAUCCGGUUUUACAACGUGUAUUGCGUUUAUAAUAAAAAUUAAUUUUUUUACCAGCAACCCCGGUAGCAGAUAACCAUACGUUACGAAGAAGGUGUGGCAAAAGGAGAAAAUGGGUAACUCAUGUAAAAAUUGACAUGGUUCGCCAAUUAUUAAAAAGUUUGUAUACAUCUGCAAUUACCACCCUGAAUUUUGAUUUUUAGCUAAAUAGGCCUAAAGUUUAUUUGGUAUAAAGUUGUAAGGGCAUUAAAACCCUUUAACAAAAGAAAAAGUUGUAAGGGAAUAUUUAGCCAACAAACUAGGAAAAAGGAGACAAAGGUGCUUAUAAUUUGUUUUCAAAUGAUACAAAUAGUGUUAUAGCAAUUAGUCGAGAUAAACAAUUAGUUAUGCAUCAAAAUAGCAAUUUGAAAUUUCACAAAUAAUUAAAAUUGUAUAACCACAUAAAAUUGGACGAGUCAAAACCGACAAACAUUAUGUAUAUAUAAAACCACCUAAAGAAUUAUAUAACCCGUAAAAUAAACUUGCCACUUUAAAAAGUUUAUUUGACCCAGCCCUCUAGGAGGCCAUGUAUAUAAAUAUGUGGUGACAAAAACUUGAUACUUUCAAAAUCUUCAUUCAACCUUUCUCUAUUUCCUGAAAAGACAUGGAAGCUUCACAUAAUUCCAAUCUCCAAAUCCAUAAACUCACAAAACAAUUACAUCAUCUCCUAGAAGUAGAACAAGAUGAAGAAGAAGAAGAUAAAGAAGAAACACUCUCACUCCGUGACCUUCCCCUGCUCAACGACAACAAACCUAGUUCCACCGCCACCACAACCACCACUGAAGACCACGGUGAACCGUCGACGGAACCUUUUGAGUUCUUGACCUCAACUUCCUACGACGUUUCUCCGGCAGAAAACAUUAUCUACCGAGGCAAAAUCAUCCCAUUAAAUUACAAAAACGCCCUCUUCUCGCCUCCUGAACACAUCAGCCCACGAGUUCGGACAAGAUCCGAGUCCUUGUCUGCUAUACAAGGCAAUAAGCUAAACCCUCCCCUAGCACGCGACAAUGUCGGACCUAUGAGAACAAGCCGUUCUUUAGAUGAUCGCAAGCUCACACGUCGUUUAACCACCGCAGAUCCUCCACCAGAAAAUGUUUCUUUGACAAAAGGUAAGGCUAAGACUGAAACAGUGUUGUCUGGAAGUGGAAAGAGUGUAAGACCGAGAUGGUAUGUGAUCAUGUUUGGUAUAGUUAAGUUCCCACCGGAGAUCGAGCUGAGGAAUAUAAAGAGUCGAAAGACUCGCCGGAAUGUUCCACCGGUUAUGUUUCCAUCUCUUCCUGACCGGAGAUCUCGAGCAACGUCACCGUCUCCUUCUUGGAGGUUUCUCAACGCCUUAAGUUGCAAGGAGCCCACAAGCGUCGCUGCAACGGCACCGCUUUGGGUUCCGCAUGCGUAAAUUACUGUAUUAUCCCUAGGAACGAGUCCGUGUUGUUUCGUGGUUGCUUGCUUUGCCGUUGACUGAGAAGGAGAGAAUUGUCAUUUCUUAUAAAAUUUUGUAAUUCUCAUAUUGUAAAGUUUUUUCUUUGUGUGAAAGAAUUUCGAUAUUGUUAUUUAUUUGGUGAAACAAUAUCGAUAAUAGUUUGGACCAUAACAUUUCAUCAUAUACCAUUUUUAUGUUAUAUAUU